AUGCCGUCACUAAAGGAAGAAGUGCCGUUCGAAAGCAGAGUAGCAGAGACGCAUAAAAUCCGAGCCAAGUACCCGAACCGAAUCCCUGUGGUUUGUGAAAAGGCAAAUAGAUCUAAUUUACCAGAAAUAGAAAAGAAAAAAUUCCUUGUCCCAAUGAAUAUGUUAGUAGGAGAGUUUAAGUUCAUACUCCAUCAACAUAUAAAUCAAAGUGCCUAUGGAAACAACAUGAAACUUUUUCGAGAGAAGACAAUAUAUCUUUUUGUUAAUAACGUUAUUCCAAAGACAGGACUACUGAUGCAGGAAUUGUAUGAAAUGUAUAAGGACGAAGAUGGUUAUUUGUAUCUUGAGUACAGUUGCGAGAGUUGCUUUGGUUAA